GGAGGCGCUCACCGAGGGGGCAGACGUGUCAGCCGGGGAGGCAGAACCCUGGGACCCACGCCCCGAGGCACGCGCUUCCCGUCUGACAUCCAUCCGCUGAACACUCCAGCUGCGAGUCUCCCGCGCAUCACUAUCCUAUUUAAGGCCCAGGGCUCCGCCCUUUUUCUCCCCUUCCUACUUUUUCACUCUUUUUUCCAUCCUCCUCCUUUUCUCCUCACCGGGUCCUCUCCGGGAGCCGCAUGUAGGGGCGGAGCACGGAAUGCUUCCCUUCCAGCCAAUCGGCACCUGACUGCUUCUUUAUUGGCCGAGCCCCUGUGAGCUGUAGCCAAUGGGCUGUGAACUUCACUAACGGGAGUCACGUGUUACCGGCUAGCCAACCAAUGAGGAUGCGAAAUCGGUCGAGGCUUGACUUCUCCUAUGGCAGAAUCUGGGAUCAAAAGAUCAAGAGAUGGUGAAUUGGAAACCAGUGUAAACAUCCAGGGUUGUACCACGGAGGGAGACCUGCUCUUUGCUCAGAAGUGUAAAGAGCUCCAAGGAUUCAUUCGCCCCCUCACAGAUCUACUGAAUGGGCUGAAGAUGGGUCGUUUUGAGAGAGGAUUGAGCAGUUUCCAACAGAGUGUGGCAAUGGACAGGAUCCAGCGCAUUGUAGGUGUUUUGCAGAAGCCUCAGAUGGGGGAGCGUUAUCUAGGAACCCUGCUACAAGUAGAAGGGAUGUUGAAGACUUGGUUUCCUCAUAUAGCUGCCCAGAAGUCAUCACUGGGUGGUAGCAGGCACCGGAUGGCCAAGCAUUUUCCAAGCCACCACAGUAAUGAAACUACUUCCUYUUCUGCUCCUCCUCUGGAAAAGAUGGGCCCGACACAGCUAGGACAUUUAGUUUUUAAACCAAAGCAGCCUUGGCACCUCACAGAAUGGCCAGCUAUGAACCUCACCUGGAUCCACACCACCCCUAUUUGCAACCCCCCUCUAAGUUCCCCGGGUACCCUAUCUUUUAGCCAUGAUCCUGUAGGCACUGGGACCAGCAUUGGUGUCAUCCUUUUCGUCCAGCAUGGAGUGCAGUCCUUCACCCACUCUGCUCCUGCCACUCCAGUUCCAUCCACUACAGCAUCUACUGGUGAUCCGAAGAGACUGUCUGGAGAGGGACCUCGCUGUCACAGUUUGCCAGUAACCCUGCCGACAGACUGGGACUGCMCUGUGUCCUCUGCUGGUCUACCCACCAUGGCCAGUGAGAUGCACAAAGGACACAUAGAGGAGCAGCUGAAAAGCUGCCCUCCAGUUGUUUCUGAUGCCUGUCUCCUCAACCCCUAACCCACCUAUGCAGUUGUCCUCUGUGAUCCCCAAUUUGUAUAAAUAUAUGUACAUAUAUAUAUAGAUUUUUUACUUUUAAUGUGUGUGUUUGUGUUUA